UUUUUUUUUGAUAACCUCUUUCAGUGUAAUUAUUUUGAGAUUUAUCUGUGUUACAUAUUUUGAUAAUGUUGGAGUAGUAAUCUUUGAAUAAUUUAUCCUGUUCAUUUCAUUUGGUGUCUUCUGUUUUUAUUAUUUGACAGACCUGUGACAAAACACUUAAGAAAGACCAUAGCUAAAUAUGAAAGCUUGGGGCAGGCAAGAAGUCCUACUGUAUGUCCCUAGACAGAAAUGCUUCAGACUGGGGCUGGUUAAGCCAUCUUAAUCAUAGUCUUUCUGAAUUACUCAAACUCUAGUUGGUGUUGUACAGAAAAUGCUUAAUGAUGAAUCCCCUCAUUUGUGUGUGUUUGGGUCAGGGGUGUGGGGAAAAGCUUAGGACAAAUUACUUUGCCUUAGGUAUUACUUUGUCUUGCUUUUAAUUUUUAUUCUUGUAGUCUUACCUUUUUAAUGGAAUAUGUGCCAAUUUAAGUUUAAAGCAGUUAUUUAUUCAGAAUUUUGAAUAGUAGAAUGGAGGCCAAGUGCCCACUAUAAAUAGUAAGUUUGAGUACCUGCAUUUUCUUUUAACAGGAAAAGGACUGUAUUAUAUUUUGUCUCUAUCUAGACAUCUAAUUUUCUUCUAGACCCUGACCGUUUAUAAGCCACAAAGCAGAACUAGUUCAGAUCUGUAAGGUGCAAAAAUAAAUGUAGGGUAAGCAACAGCUGGUAAGAUACCUUUGGAGUUCGAGAAACAAAACUGUAUGUUCUGGUGUCUGUUUUCUUCAAAGGGGGAGGGAAUGUGGGGUGCCGGAAGGGGAGGAAAAAUAUAAAUGAGGUUCUUAUGUAUCUAUAUCUUUUCCCCAGAUCUGCUACAAUGGCAUCUGAUGACUUUGAUAUAGUGAUUGAGGCCAUGCUGGAGGCUCCCUAUAAAAAAGAGGAGGAUGGGCAGCAAAGGAAAGAGGCUAAAAAGGACAGUCCCAGCAACACGACCAACAGCACCAGCAGCGUUGACACCAGUGGCUGUGGUACUGGUGGGAGCAAUGUCACUGAUGGGACCGGCGCCACCAGUGGAAACGGCACGAGUGGGGAGGCAAGCACGAAGAAGAGGAGUCGGAGCCAUAGUAAAAGCAGGGAGAGAAAACGCAGUCGUAGUCGAGACCGGGAUCGUCACAGGCAGAAAAAUAGUCGGAGCCGAAGUCGAGAUCGGCAGCGUCGCCACCGCAGCCGUAGCUGGGAUCGUCGACAUAGUAAUGAGUCACGAAGUCGAGACUGGCGUCGUGAGGAUCGUGUACACUACAGGAGUCCACCGCUUGCCACUGGGCGUAGGUAUGGACACAGUAAGAGUCCUCAUUUCAGAGAGAAGAGCCCAGUCAGGGAGCCUGUUGACAACUUGAGUCCGGAGGAGCGGGACGCCCGCACAGUGUUCUGCAUGCAGUUGGCUGCCCGCAUUCGGCCUCGAGACCUGGAGGACUUUUUCUCUGCUGUUGGCAAGGUUCGAGACGUCCGUAUCAUCUCAGACCGGAACUCACGUCGGUCUAAAGGCAUUGCCUAUGUAGAAUUCUGUGAGAUCCAGUCUGUGCCGCUGGCCAUUGGGCUGACUGGGCAGCGGCUGCUAGGAGUGCCAAUCAUUGUACAGGCCUCACAGGCUGAGAAAAACCGCCUGGCAGCCAUGGCCAAUAACCUGCAGAAGGGCAGUGGUGGACCAAUGCGCCUUUAUGUGGGCUCCCUACACUUCAAUAUCACUGAGGACAUGCUCCGGGGCAUCUUUGAGCCCUUUGGCAAAAUUGAUAAUAUUGUCUUGAUGAAGGACUCAGAAACAGGCCGCUCCAAAGGUUAUGGUUUUAUUACGUUCUCUGACUCAGAGUGUGCCCGACGGGCCUUGGAACAGUUGAAUGGCUUUGGGCUUGCUGGUCGACCUAUGAGGAUUGGCCACGUGACCGAGCGACCGGAUGGUGGCACAGACAUCACUUUUCCUGAUGGAGACCAGGAGCUAGACCUGGGAUCAGCGGGUGGGCGUUUGCAGCUCGUGGCCAAAUUGGCAGAAGGCUCUGGAAUCCAGCUGCCAACCAGCACUGCUGCUGCCGCUGCUGUGGCCCAAGCUGCUGCUGCUCAAGCUGCUGCCCUGCAAUUGAAUGGAGCAGUUCCCCUGGGCGCCCUGAACCCAGCGGCUCUGACUGCUCUGAGUCCGGCCCUGAACCUCGCCUCCCAGGCGAUCGCCUCCCAGUGCUUCCAGCUUUCCAGCCUCUUUACCCCCCAAACCAUGUGAGUCACAAGGCCCAACUCGCGUCAGUGUUCAUAGUUAUUUUCUUUCCUUCAGCUUCCUGUUUACAUCUCCUCCUUGCCACAGGUAAAUCAGUGGCUUGGUCCACUGCCUCCCUGUGCCUCUGGGUCUUGCCACUCCCUGCUCCACAUCUACCCUUCCACGGCCCCUUCUCUCCGUUUUGUGGACCAAGCCAUUCUGAGGGCAUGAACACUGACGGUGGGGGAACUGGGGGCCCCCCUUAGACACCAAGAAGGGCUCCUACCCACAACAGCCCCAGUGGAAAUAGACUCUGCUGAUCAAAGCCGCUGGUCGAAGAGAACAGCAUCUUCACUUGCGUUGAACAUCUGUUUCUCUGUGUUCAUCAUCUCCUGGGAUGACCUUCAUUGUCCUUCCCAACCACCUGUUACUGAUUCUUCGAUUCCUGCCCCUUUGGGAAGGCGAUAGGGCAUUAAGUGAAGGAACUGAUUGCUCUCUUCCUGUACCUUUAUCCCGCAAUCUGUCACAGAAAUCCCCUGAAACCUCUGGUCUGGGAGGACUUUGGAGUGUGAGGGGUUGAACCUUGCUGCUACAGGGCCCUGGAAGGUAGUGUGGACGUGUGCAUUGGGAAGCCUGCCUUAGACCUCACCUUGGGGCCAGAACUGCUUCUCUGAGCUCAGGAUCUUGCUGGGAGGUGUGGGAAUAAUCUGCCAGCCAUUUUGGGUGUCUUUGGGGUAUUCAGGAGUUUAAUGAAAGGUAGGGUACCUUUCUGGUACCAUCCAGCUUUGUGUAGUUGUCUUUUCCUUUGGUCCAGGGUGGGAAUAUGGAGGGGAGACUGCUGCUCUCCACCACUUCCCUGUGCCUCUGAAGACUGGGCUCAGGCCCAGCUGUUAAAGCUACUCUUGUCCCCUUGAUGGACACAUAUGAGCCCUUCUCACUGGAUUUUAUACCCUGUGUCUGUGUACAUAAAUAUAUAUAUAUAUAUAUAUAAACUUUGUACAAAAGGUAUGUCCCACUGUUGUGGCGGCCACUGCCCAUAUGUGUGUGGUCUCAGUCCCUUAGUGUGUGUGUCUGAUGUUAACUUCUGAGCCAACACCACGAAUGGUUCUUGGGAUAUAAAGUAUUUAUAAUGUCA